AUGGAGGAGGACAUUGACUGCGAGGAAAUUCGCCGAAGAAAUAUUGCACAGAAUGAAGCACUCUUGGCGUCCCUGGACCUGAAAGAUGCUUCUCAUUCCCCUGGGAUGUUGCCCGUUAAGUCUGCAAAGAGCAGGAUUUCAGAGAAGAUCGAUCGGGUUCGUCCAGUCCGGCCUCGGAAGGUGGAGAAAGCGAGAAAGGAGAACACAUCUGUUCCCCGAAGGCAGUCCUCCAGACUUGCCCAUCUGCACGCAAGCCCGGAUGAUACUCCCAUACAAAGGCUGGUCAGUGUCGUCGAAAAGCUGGAAACAAAGAGGAAACGCGAAGAAGUGGAGAGACUUGCCGUGCUAGAGCUCGAACGCGUAGCGAGGCGUCCGCGCCAUGGAAAUCUGUCUCUGGAUGAUCUUGUCGGCGACGAGGACGAUACAAAGGAAUCAAUCUCAUCAUUAAGGGAUACUCUCGAAACUGCCUGCAAUGACGUGCAUUCUGUCGAAACACGACUACGGAACUCUCGUAAUAUUGCGGAGAAGCCUCAGCUACGGGGCAGCGAUCCUGAUAUCAAUGAUCUUAGGAAAAGACUUGGCAGCAUGGUCGUGCGAUCGCGAGCCAAGCUUGGUAUUUGGGAUGCGCUGGCGCCAUCCGAAGAGAACGAAGAGGAUAAAUAUGAUGAUACCCGAGGAGGAAGAUAUUGGCGUUUACAGCCUCAUUGGCCAAGAUCUCCAAAGACCUCGAUAUCUUGCAUCAAAUUCAGCCCAACCGAUGCACAUAGUGUUUUGACGACAUCCUAUGAUUCCAUGCUGCGUGUGACCUCCUUUACAUCUGGGCAAUCUGCUGAGCUCUUUUCUCUUGCCUCGGCUUCGACACUUCUCACAUCCUUUGAUAUCGCGCCAUGUGGGAAUGAAAUAUGGAUCUCCGACACUGAUGGUGGACUAAGCUUUUUGGACCUCCGGGAAGGCAACCGAUUACGGAGACAAGUGAACGCUAAAUUGAAGAUUGGUUGUGUCAGCAUCAAUCCUGCUGCUGGAAGGAGAAGUGCUUUGGACUUAACUUCCUGCAGAACAUGGGACGUUCGAAAACUUAUGUUAAUUGAAACUGGUGCACUUGUUGAGGGUGAUGAUGACGGCUCCAGCUCGCUUAAAGUGAAACCGCCUCCUGUCCUAGAAGCAGAUCACGAGGCUGUCGCAGAUUUCCUUUCAUCAAAAUCUGGUCGGGGCUGUAUCCUCGGGCAAUUUGAGCAUAAACACAGUGUCGGAUGGAUGGACCAUUCAUUAGAUAUCAUUGCGUACAACGGAGAGGAGAUCGGGAAGCUCGCCGAUCGCUCAAAGUGA